AUGACAGCCUUGGACUUUGGGGUCGCCAUGCAGGAUCAAAGACUAACCCCGUUCACGCAGGUUAUGGCACGACUGGCGCUUGAUGGGGAAACCUCACCUUUUCACAGCGAUGCGCUGAUGUCGUCUUUGUACCGUGCCGCAUUGGCCCCCUUUUGUUGCGUGGAGGACGAGAGAGACCUGGCGGCAGUGUGCGCUGCUGUUCUUCGCGGCGUGUUUGCUGACGCUAAAGCUGAACCAAGCGGCACCAUUGCGGGUGAGCAAUUAACGCCCGCUUUUAUCACGCGGGGUAGCGAUAGAGGGGGCCUGCUUGCCGAGCGUCGCUUUCUUCUUCGGCUGAAGGAGCAGCAUCGCGUGGCGCGCAUUAUUAUUCCGCAGACUACAUCAUACUGA